AUGAGGCCCUGUGCUCAGUCCCUGUGCUCCCUCUGCUCUCUGCUCUGCCUCCUGCUGACACCUGGAGCUCUGUGUGAUGUUCUCCAGCCAAAGGCAGCUGAGGAAGUGGGACCUCCUCGUCCUCCUCAGAUCCUGGACCUGACCCGGACCCAGCUCCAGGCCGUGCCCCACAGCCCCCCCAACGGCUCGGUCUGGACCCUGAUCCUGAACCAGAACCGGAUCAGUCUGGAUGAGUCUGACAGAGAGGCCCUGAGGAGCUACAGGGGCCUCACUCACCUCUAUCUGGAGCACAAUGCAGUCACAGAAGUCACCGCGGGAUAUUUCACCCAGAUGCCCCGCCUCACACUGCUGUCUCUGUGCGGGAACAACAUCAGCAGGUACCACUGA